UUCCCCGAUAGGCGUUCUAAUGUCAUUGGAUGUCGAAGCCUGUCAGUUUCGGAAGGUUGGCAAGACGUGACCGCAUCGGGUCCGCCCCGUCUGGCCGGGGGUACGUCACGAUAGGACCCCGCACCCGACGGCCGAUAAGGUAUCUUCAACGCCGGAAGCCGUGCGCCCCCUCCGUUUCUCUCCUACUCAGACUCACCAGCGAAGCCAAAACUACGCCGUCACUUCCGCUCGGCACAGACGACAGCUCAUCUCAACUGAUACCGUAGCUCCCGCUUCCAGAAUGGCACCUGGCAGCUUCCACAUCCCCUCAACGCACUCGCGCCUGAAAUGGUCCCGCGCGACCCCGCCCCAGAUCACCAUCGCCCCGGGCGACACCGUGACGUUUGACCUCCGCGACUCCUCCGGCGGCCAGGUCACCCCGGCGUCCACGGCGGCCGACCUGGCGGCCCUCGAUCUCGCCACCUUCGACCCCAUCUUCGGCCCCGUCGCCGUCGCCGGCGCCGUCCCGGGCGACGUCCUCGAGGUCGAAUUCCUCUCCCUCGCCACCUCGGGAUGGGGCUUCACCGGCAUCAUCCCCGGCUUCGGCCUCCUCGCCGACGAGUUCCGCGACCACGCGCUCAAGCACUACACCUGGCUCCCCGACGCGACGCACAUCGAAUUCGCGCCGGGCAUUCGGGUCCCCCUCCGCCCCUUCCUGGGGUGGGCCGGCGUCGCCCCGGCCGAGGAGGGCGAGUUCUCCACCAUCCCGCCCCUCGAAACCGGCGGCAACAUGGACUGCCGGCACAUCACUCAGGGCACGAGGCUCUGCCUCCCCGUGCGCGUCCCGGGCGCCAUGUUCUCCUGCGGCGACGGCCACGCGGCGCAGGGCGACGGCGAGGUCUGCGGGACGGCCAUCGAGACGCCGAUCAAGGCGGCGCUGCGCUUCACCAUCCGCAGGGACAUGCCGUACGUGACGAGCCCGCACUACGACACGCGGGGGUCGGUGCACGGCGGCGCGCAGAGCGAUCAGGCCGUGUACGCGGUGCUGGGGAUCGGUCCGGAUCUACUGGAGGCGAGCAGGAAGGCUCUGAGGUCGUUGAUUGCGCAUAUCGUCGCGACAAGGGGGCUGGGGCGGGAGGAUGCGUAUAUGUUAUGCAGUAUCGCGGCUGACCUGAAGAUUGCGGAAGCCGUCGACAUGCCCAACUUUGCUGUGGCCGCAAGUUUGCCGUACUCUGUCUUUCAAUAAUGACCACG